GCGUCUUAUCAACGCGUCGGUUUCCUUCCCAAAAUUAUUCGCACAACACUUAUUCACUGGCAAAACCGAAAAGGAGAGAGCGUAUGUGCAAAGUAUAUAUAAAUAUAUAUAUAUAUAGAGAGAGAGACUACGGUGAUUCUUCUUCUCACUCUAUCUUCUUCAACCAAACCCUAGCAAAUGUUGUGGAUAGACACGGAUGAGAUAAAAAUCACUGUCUUACCUGUUUGAUGUCUCUUAGACUUCUAUACUGAGCUCAGUGAAUUCGUGUGCGUCUGUGUUUUUUUGCAUUCAAAAGCUGCGAUUCUGGAAAUUUAGUAACUAAUUAGUGUUUUGAUGGAGCCUCGUGUUGGGAAUAAGUAUCGACUUGGUCGGAAAAUUGGCAGUGGGUCUUUUGGAGAGAUCUAUCUAGGUACUAAUAUACAGACUAAUGAGGAGGUAGCAAUUAAGCUAGAAAAUGUCAAAACAAAGCAUCCUCAGUUGCUAUACGAGUCAAAGUUGUAUAGAAUUUUGCAGGGAGGAACUGGAAUACCAAAUGUGAGGUGGUUCGGUGUGGAAGGAGACUACAAUGUUCUAGUCAUGGAUUUGCUUGGACCCAGUCUUGAAGAUUUAUUUAAUUUUUGCAGUAGGAAACUUUCCCUGAAGACAGUUCUGAUGCUUGCAGAUCAAAUGAUAAAUCGCAUUGAGUUUGUUCAUUCUAAAUCAUUCUUGCAUCGAGAUAUUAAACCAGACAAUUUUCUUAUGGGUUUGGGAAGGCGUGCAAAUCAGGUCUACAUAAUAGACUUUGGUCUGGCCAAGAAGUACCGAGACACUUCAACUCACCAGCACAUACCUUACAGAGAGAACAAAAACUUGACUGGCACUGCAAGAUAUGCUAGCAUGAAUACUCACCUUGGUAUCGAACAAAGCAGGAGGGAUGAUUUGGAAUCUCUUGGAUAUGUACUGAUGUACUUCCUAAGAGGGAGUCUUCCUUGGCAGGGGCUGAAAGCAGGAACUAAGAAGCAGAAGUAUGAGAAAAUUAGUGAAAAGAAGGUGUCAACAACUAUUGAGGCUUUAUGCCGGGGUUAUCCUACUGAAUUUGCAUCCUAUUUCCAUUAUUGUCGUUCACUACGCUUCGAGGAUAAACCCGAUUAUGCUUAUCUGAAGAGAAUAUUUCGUGACCUCUUCAUCCGCGAAGGUUUUCAGUUUGACUAUGUUUUUGAUUGGACCAUAUUGAAAUAUCAGCAAUCACAAAUUGCAGCUCCUCCUUCCCGACUCCUUGGCCCUGGUGCUGGAACCAGCUCAGGCAUGCCUCCAGUUAUCCCUAAUGCAGAAAGGCAGUCAGGUGAGGAAGAAGGAAGACAACCAGCAGAUGCUUCUCGAAGAAGAAACUCUGGGCCGCUUAUAUAUGCAGGAAGUUUGUCCAAGCAGAAGAGUCCUCUCAGAAAUGAUUCUACCAGCAAGGAUGCUAUGUUGUCAAGCUCCACUUUCCUGGGACGAUCAAGUGGAUCAUUGCGACGAGGUCUUGUUUCUGGUAGCCGUGAGACUUUCACUACGGGAAAUGACUCUGAUCCUACACGUUCUAGAAUGCCUGAGGCAAGUCCAGCGACCAUGCACAAAAUAUCAAGUGGACAGAGAAUCUCCCCACUCGUUGGAGCACCAGAUCCUAAACAUGCUUCAUCUGGCAGGAGUACUUCUGGUAUGAAGAACUAUGAAUCCACACUCAAAGGAAUUGAGAGUCUACAUUUCGAUGAGGAAGACACGGAUCACUAAUGUUUGGAAACCCUUUCAUCACAUUCUUGUAAAUUUCUGACUUGUGUGAUCCUCAAGUAGAAUUGAGGCUUUGAAAGUUAUUUUUUUAAUGAGUUCCAGUUAGAAAUUAGGGAUCUGCGGGUGUGUUAGUGCAAGCAAGGUCUAUUAAUAGAUGGAUCUAAAUGAUGCUAAGCAGGAUGUCAGGUGGUUUCAAUACAAGCUCAUUGUCGUGCAUGCCUCUUUAUGUUUCAAAGUUGUGCAAUCAGACAUCUUCCAUACUCUUUAAACCUUGUCCAGAUGAUGGGGACUAGUGAAACUGUAUAUUGGUCAUUGUAAUAUUUAAAUGGUCCCCACUAAUAUUCUAGUUGAAUGUCGGAUGAGUGCAACAGCAGUUCCGUAAA